AUGACUGUCACACUGGCUCCCAUCACGGUUCCCCUAUUGGGAUUAAUAUCCAUCGCCAUGGCAACGCCGCUGAGACAAACACUAUUUUCAAUGUUUAUUCCGAGAUGCAUGAACAAGGUAGAUGAAGAGUUCAGCGAGGAGAGGACCAAGCUGCUGUCCACGAUAACUGGAGGUUCCGUUCUGGAUGUUGGGUCCGGAGGGGGCGCCUAUUUUCGGUAUUUCAGCAAGGCCGACCGAGUCGUAGCUGUUGAACCGCAGGAAAUCGUGUAUCCAAAGUUGAAUGAAGCUGCAAAACAAAAUGGAUUAGUGGAUUCAUCAAAAGAUUUUUCCAUUGUUGGAGAUCUGAAAGAUGUGGAGGGCACAUUUGAUCACGUCGUGUUUGGAAAUGUACUGUGUGAGGUACCCAACGUAGACGAAGCCCUCCAGCAGGUGGACAAACUAUUAGCACCAGGAGGUCGUGUGUACUUCUCAGAGCAUAUUGGUCGUCCUACUGGGACUUGGAUUCGUUUGUUCCAGGACUGGUACAACCCACUCCAUUGUCACAUGACACUUGGAUGCAACUGCAAUCGAGAUUCUUUGGACAAGAUACGUUCGAUGAAGAAUUGGGAUGUCGUCUCUUGGAAGUAUGAACAUUUUCAAGUUUGUAUGGGGCCGUUCGUCAUGGGACUGGCAGUGAAGAAAGAUUGA